AGUGGUUCUGAUAGUGCGUUGCCGCAGGCAUUGACGGAUUUCGUCUUUGAUUUAUACGAUUCCGUCACUCUUUCGCAGCUUUCGGAAGAACAAGGAAAGCUCUACAAUACUGAUUUUCGCGAUUUGAGUUCCAAGUAUUUUGGUUCACAGCCCUGGCCUUCGCCACAGUCGAUCGCCUCGGAAUGUAACGGUGAUCCAAUGUUUUUAGCGUUAUACCGGGAAUUGACGCAACGCCACUGGCACGCUGUGUCGCGCCCCAGUAUUCGUGAUCGUAUCGAAGGAUGGCAGGUAUACCGCGAAUUGUUCGAAGAAAUCCUGGAAGCGGACGAGCCCAACUUCUUCCUGGUUCCGUCUUGGAUCUUCGAUAUCCUCCAGGAAUUCGUCUACCAAUUCCAGGGCUUCUGUCAGAUUCGAUCUGCAGUUUACGCGUCGGCACGGAAACAAGGUAUUUUGUCGGACGACGGUACCAUCCAGGAGGGAAGCAGCAGCCAGAGCACUAACUUGGUGGAGAAUCUGAGCGUUUUACAGAAUGCUGGAGAUGCAUGGGAAGUUGAAGCAGUUUACGGCUAUUUACAUCGCAUGGUCCACCGCGGUAUGCCUGCUGGCGGUGCCACCAUUCAUCCCGUCUCGUCGUACCUGAGUUUGUUUUCCUCGGUGAGCUUGUCUCGCCUUGACUGCCUAUUGGGUGACUACACAAGCUCCCUCCAGGCCUUAUCCCCGUUGACGAUUCACGGGGAGUACGUCAUUCCAAAAGAUGAAGGAAGUACUGUUACUAGUGUCCUUCAUUCGGUCUUUCCCGCCCGUAUUUCCGUUGUCUAUCAUGCUGGAGUUAGCUUUUUAAUGCUGCGUCGAUACAAAGACGCCGUCAAGAUUCUCGCCGACCUGUGUGCGUACAUGCAGCGGGGAUUCAAGAGCGGUCAGCUGCGUAAACUUCCAGGAUCGGACCAGUUUAACAAACAGUACGAACGCAUGUUGUCGUUGUUGGCAAUUUUAAACCACAUCUGCCCCACCAAUGGAUGGAUGGAAGACUCCGUGGCACGUGUCGUUCGCGAAAAGCACAGUGCCAAGUUGGAAGCGGCCAGUUCCAUGGAAGAAUGGUUUCAGAGUCCAAAGUUCAUUUCCACCGAUCCUAGCUUUGGUCUCUACCGUCAACAAGUACAGAUCUUUCUUCAAGAAAUGUCUACCCAGCCAGCGGGUCAUAAGUUACGCACCUAUCUCAAGUUGUAUACGUCGCUUCCGGUCGAAAAGCUCGCAAAAUUUCACGAUAUGUCGGUUCCCGAUUUUUUGCCUUUGUUGCUUGCUUACAAAUUGCGAAUGCGGCAAGUGGAACGGGGCGAAGGUGAUUCGUACAUUGGUGGCACCCAGAGAUCGGCUCUGGAUAUCCAUUACUACUUGAACGGCGCCCUCGUUCACGUCGACGAAGCGGAAAAGACUCGACAAUUCGAAAAUUACUUUGUAGCGCAAAUUGCUCAG